CUGACAAAUAUUACGUGCUUAAAAUAGGUUAAUAAUUUAUUAUGAUGCUUUAAGUAGUUGGAGUUGUCAUGUCGUAAAUAAAUCCCUGACGAAGAAAACGUGUGAUUCUUGUACAUAUUUAUAAACAUAAUACUUCGAUACGACAAGUCGAGUCCUACGACAAGUCCUAUUUAUUUAUCGAGAGCGAAUAUAAAAGUGUUUCCUUCAACAUUGUGAACCCAGUAUGGAAUAAAAGUUGGCUAACUUUCAUCAUAUUUCUUCCAACUUUCCGAAAUUGAAAGAGAUGAGGAAUGUCUCAAUUUUUCUUGCUGUUGCGACAGCUGCAACGGCAAUAGCGAUUGGAGUUUCCAUGUUCAACAUAACGAGAGACACCUUGGGAAAGCUACACAAUCUUGGUGCCGCCGUGCGAACGUGCAGGUAUGACGUGGUUGCCAAGGCGAAACUGGACAACCCCACGGCUGGAGCGGAAAUCGAGCGAAUUUUGGAGGAGCAUUCAAAAAAGGCGUAUAAGUUGAUGGACGUCUGCUCCACUUUGUCCACCCUGUCGACGCAAGGACUGGCAGGAAUUAGGACCAAGUUCAUUACAAUUCUGGCCGAUGCGAAGACCGCGGUGGCUCCUUAUCUGGAGAGGUUGUCCCCAGAAACACGAAAAAGUAUUAGGGAAAGUUUCCGAGAGGAUUUGGUCGAGUGGAAACGCCAGGCUAACGAGAUUUAUGGCGUUUUUGGACUGGAGAUCAAUAGCUUUCCGGCAAUUGAGGGGGCAAUUGGGAUGAUUGAAUGGGGAGAGAGGGGAAGUAAGAUUGGAUGUGGGACGACUGAUGGGGUGACAUAUUGAUCUGCCGGGAAAUUCAGAUAUGUGGAUUCUUCUGAAAAUAUUUAUUUCUCUUGAUUUACUCAGUCUUGUGAAGAAAUUGGAUAAAUGUUUUGAUAAAAAUUGUUUUCUCGCAAUAAAUUAUAUUUGAGUUGGAGAAUAA